AUGGCAGUGAGCGCAGUUCACCUUGAAUCUGAUGCCUUUUUGGUUUGCAUGAAUCAUGCAUUAAGUACCGAGAAGGAGGAAGUAAUGGGACUCUGCAUCGGGGAGGUAACGUUUGCAAGCUAGCUAAAUAACAAAGCAAUAACUAGCUAGCUACCAGUUGCGUGUCCAGAACAUGUUGAAUGGGGUGGCCAAGGUGGGGCAUAGAACCAGUUUAGGGGGGGCAUAACAUUUUGAUGCAAGGUGGAUUUUUUUCAAUAUAAUUAUGAUGGUUCGACAAUGCAUUAAAGGUAUACUUAAGAUACCCAUAGAUUCCGAGGCAUUCAGUUACUGUUCGAUUGAAUGUUAAGAAUAGGCAAAGCGAGUGACCUAAGCGACUUUGAGCGUGGUAUGGUCAUCGGUGCCAGGCCCGCCGGUUACAGUAUCUCAGAAACGGCCGACCUCCUGGGCUUUUCACGCACGACAUUGUCUAGGGUUUACUGAGAAUGGUGCGACAAACAAAAACAUCCAGUCAGCAGAGGCAGUAAUGUGAAUAACAGUUAGUUGAUAUGAAGUCGAAGAAGAAUGGCAAGAAUCGUGGAAAUGAUGGAAGUUACAAUCUAUCUGCAAUAUUAAAGCUGAUCUACCCCCUAAAAAAGAAAGAAAAGUAUCGUGCAAAUAAUAGCGCAGAAUGGCAUCUCGGAACGCACAACUUCUCGGUCCUUGUCACGGAUGGGCUAUUCUAGCACAACUCUUAUCAGCUAAAAACAAGAAGAAGCGGCUCCAGUGGGCACGUGAUCACCAACACUGGUCCCGACGAAUCCCGGUUCCUGUUGCGUCAUGCUGAUGGCAGAGUCAGGAUUUGGCAUGAGUCCAUGGCCCCAUCCUGCCUGGUGUCAACGGUACAGGCUGGUGGCGGUGGUGAAUGUUUUCCUGGCACACGUUAGGUCCCUUGAUACCAAGUGAGUAACGUUUCCAUGUCCCGAAGAAUUCAGGCUGUUCUGGAGGCAAAGGGGGGUCGGACCUCGUACUAGAUGGGUGUACCUAAUAAACUGGCCACUGAGUGUACAUUGCCAAUAUGAUCACCUUACCUUAAAUGAACAUGCUGUAUAAAAUAAAAUCCGUACAUAGUAAUUAGCAUAUUCAGUAUCAAUUUGCAUAACAUUUUAUAGAAAGUUGUAUUCUAAUUUCAUACAUUAAUUUUUUUUACUACAAACUCUGUUUUGCAUGAAGUUGUGUUAAUAAUAUUAUCCCUACCUUAAAUUAUUGGUCAUAAAUACUGAAAUUAUGUAUUCAGUACUGCCUCAUUUGCAUAAUAUAUUUUACUGUGUUACAUACACCGUAAGUGUAAUAACGUUAAGCCUACAAAGUGGCAUGUAUUUAUGGAUGCCAAGGGAAGCCAGGCUUUCCCAUUUUUUUUAACAAUAAAGAAACAAACUUAAUUACUCGUUCGUGUCUAUCCGUGUUUCAUAAUUUUCUGAGGGGCCACUGGGGUGGCCAAUCAGAUUUCAGGGGGGGGGGGCAUGGCCACCCCCUGGACACGCCUCUGCUAUCUACAUGCAUGCAUAUUAUCUACCUUUAGUGUACCCUUUGUUGUUACAUUCAUAUUCUCAAUUGGCAUAUACCCCCAACUUGGUAUUAGGGGCACCUGAUAUUGAUUCGAGCUAGCUACCCUGUUAAUUAUUCUGCUUUCUAAAGUCACCUGGUUUGUUUACAUAGGUGGACACCAACCGCAUCGUCCACAUUCAUUCUGUUAUUAUUCUCCGACGCUCAGACAAGAGGAAGGAUCGCGUGGAAAUUUCGCCCGAGCAGCUAUCUUCAGCGGCUACCGAAGCUGAGAUAUCCUUUAUGCAAUGUCUCAUUCAAUAACUUUAAUCUCAAUCUUCUGGUGGUGCCUUGCAGGAGGUCAGAGUGACAUAGUCCGUGACAUAGAUACCAUAAAUGUCAGUGUGACAGGUAGCGGUAUCAUAGAAUUCCUGAGGACACUGCCAUUGUCUCAUUUUGAUAAUCAAUUUCCUUAGUAAGAGCUACAGGUUGGCUGAAAUGACUGGACGGCCGAUGCGUGUAGUUGGUUGGUACCACUCUCACCCCCACAUCACUGUGUGGCCAUCACAUGUGGGUAAGAACCAGAGCACCCCUCUACCACAUCAAUGCCACAACGUUAGUUCUCACUGUCAUGGCAAACUGUUUCAGUCGGUGUGUCUGAAAGUCAUUCAUUUUCUACAACAGAUGUGAGGACACAGGCCAUGUACCAAAUGAUGGACCAGGGCUUUGUUGGGCUGAUAUUCUCCUGCUUCAUUGAGGAUAAGAACACAAAAGUAAGGGUUAAAUGACAGCUAUUUAAAAUAUAUAACGUCAUUUUGAUUUACAAAGGGGCUUCGAACAAAUUCUAUUAUUAUUUUCUCUUAGACCGGUCGAGUUCUCUACACCUGCUUCCAGUCUGUCCAAGCCCAGAAAGGCUCAGAGUAAGUGUACCCCUGUUUGGUGUUAUUAGAUGAUUUUGUUAUCUUUUCUCCCUCAUAACUAUUACUCAGAGAAAUAUUUAAUUGAUUCAGUCUUUCACAGAGCAGUUGUCUCAAAAAGAAGCCAUUUGACAAUAUCAACACAAAUACUGAAUUGCAUCCCUGAUCUGUGUUGAUAAAGGUACGAGAGAAUCGAGAUCCCAAUUCAUGUGGUUCCACACGAGGCCAUUGGGAAAGUGUGCCUUGAAUCAGCAGUGGAGCUCCCCAAAAUCCUCUGCCAGGAAGAGCAGGACACCUACAGAAAGAUUCACAGGUAGGUCGCCUCAGAAGCCCAGGGGAGCAUUCAGUUUGGUUCAACGUUUGCUACGUUGCGUGACUGUUGAACGACAUGUUUCCCCAAAACAUUGUGCACUGUUCUUCAUCAGCCUUUGAAGUAUGUUUGUUCCCAUUUGGUGGGUGUGGCCUGAUCAAUAUGGGUGUGACCAUUUGAAAUCGCAAAACUUGUGCAGCACACCAUACACAAUCGCCCUCUGGGCCACCAUAAUCACACCGUUCUUCAUCUGGUCGUUCAGUACAGUACUGUUUCCAUUUAAUUAAAUGUUCAAUACCAUUCUGUCGUACUAAAUGCACCCCAGGGUUCUGACAUUUUGUUCGAAAGCCUGGGGAAGUUUUCCUCAGGAAGAAGAUAAAAAGAGGUGGAGUCUAGAUGGAAACUAGUGAUGCAUUGCCACUUAUCAAACCAGUAUAAUAUUUUGCAGGGUGGAGCUCUGAACAAAGGUUGUAUUUCUGAACAUUUGUCUGACUAGCAACAAGCUAGCUAGCAUUAGAUGCAAUACUGUCGCAUAGGCUACUAAAACUUUGUCCGACACGGUAGUAAAAGAGACAGACAAAACAAGGAAAAGCCUCUUCUGGGGGGGUAACAGUCAGUAUCUGGUGUGGCCACCAGCUGCAUUAAGUACUGCAGUGCAGCUCCUCCUCAUGGACUGCACCUGAUUUGCCAGUUCUUGCUGUGAGAUGUUACCCCACUCUUCCACCAAGGCACCUGCAAGUUCCCGGACAUUUCUGGGGGGAAUGGCCCUAGCCCUCACCCUCCGAUCCAACAGGUCCCAGACGUGCUCAAUGGUAUUGAGAUCCGGGCUCUACGCUGGCCAUGGCAGAACACUGACAUUCCUGUCUUGCAGGAAAUCACGCACAGAACGAGCAGUAUGGCUGGUGGCAUUGUCAUGCUGGAGGGUGAUGUCAGGAUGAGCCUGCAGGAAGGGUACCACAUGAAGGAGGAGGAUGUCUUCCGUUGAGAUUGCCUGCAAUGACAACAAGCUCAGUCAGAUGAUGCUGUGACACACCGCCCCAGACCAUGACAGACCCUCCACCUCCAAAUCAAUCCCGCUCCAGAGUACAGGCCUCGGUGUAACGCUCGUUCCUUUGACGAUAAACACGAAUCCGACCAUCACCCCCGGUGAGACAAAACCGCGACUCGUCAGUGAAGAGCACUUUUUGCCAGUCCUGUCUGGUCCAGCAACAGUGAGUUCGUGCCCAUAGGCGACAUUGUUGCCGGUGAUGUCUGGUGAGGACCUGCCUUACAACAGGCCUACAAGCCCUCAGUCCAGCCUCUCUCAGCCUAUUGCGGACAGUCUGAGCACUGAUGGAGGGAUUGUGCGUUCCUGGUGUAACUCGGGCAGUUGUUGUUGCCAUCCUGUACCUGUCCCGCAGGUGUGAUGUUCGGAUGUACCGAUCCUGUGCAUCUGUGAAGUUAUUUGGAUUUUUACGAAUUAUAUCUUUGAAAGACAGGGUCCUGAAAAAGGGACGGUUCUUUUUUUGCUGAGUUUAUGAAUUCAGGGCAGCUCAUUGUGUAUUGCUCAUUGUAAAUGAAAUAAUUUCAGGAUUUCAUUCCUUUGCAGCUUAACUCACCUGGAUCUGAUCACGAAGAUACACAAUGGCUCAGGUUGGUCUUUGUAGUUGUUGAUAACUGAUAUUUAAUUGUCACUAUGCAUAUUAAUAUCAUAGACAGCGCAUCUAUGUCUUGACUGUGCUUUCUUUCUCCACUUGACGUGUGUGUGCACAUUUCAGUGUUCACUAAGAACCUGUGCAGCCAGAUGUCUGCUGUGAGUGGUCCCCUGCUGCAGUGGCUGGAGGACCGUUUGGAGCAGAACAAACAGAACAUCAUUGA